AUGCAGGGCGGGAGGAGCGCGAGCGCGGUGGAGGCCGCCAAGGAGGCGGCGGCGAACGUAGGCGCGUCGGCGUGGGCCGGCAAGGAGAAGACCAAGGCCGUCGUGCAGGAGAAGGUGUCCAAGACGAGGGAGCACGACCCCGCGGAGAAGGCGGCGACGGACGCCAGGAUGCAGGAGCGCGUCCACGAGGUCGAGGCCAUCAAGCAGGACGCCAGGCGCCAGAACGCCGCCGCCAAGGAGCGCGCCACGGCCGCGGAGCACCACCCGACGCCGCUCGGCGUUGGGGCCGCCGCCUCCGUGACGGCGCCCGCUGCUGGUGCCGGUGCCGGUGCGCCGGUUGCUACGACCGAGACGGGCGUAGCAGCGGAGCCGGCCGGCGGCGCCGGCGUCCAACGUUACGCUGGCUUCCACGGGACCGACGGUGUCCCACCGCCGACCGGCACGGCCGGCGGCCACUACACCUGA